AUGAUAUCGGUGGUGGUGGUGCACCCAGGCGAUCAUCUGGGCCUGGGCACCGCAGAUGGCGAGCAGGCAGCGGGCGCUAGCACUGGUGCGCCCGUGGCUGGCGCUGCUGCGAGCGCCGGCGGGGAAGCGCCCUGGCCAGUCGGCGUGAUCAUCGCUGCUGACUAUGCUGCUGCAUCGCCUCCCUCGGCGCGCUCCCGUGGAGUUGCCGGCGGCGGCGAAAACCCCGCGGCCGAGGCGCUUCGCGCUGCUUACCUGGCAGAGCUGGAGGAGCGGGAGGCGGCGCGGCGGGAGCUGCAGCGCCUCAACACCGCCUACGGGCCCAGCCCCAGCGGCGGCUGGGCCAUGUCCUUCCUGCCAUACAUAAUGUGA